AUGUCAGCCGAAUCUCCAGUUCGACCGACGCGUCGUGCCGCGCGCAAAACUAUCGUGGUUGACGAAUCUGAGGACGAGCUCAGUCUGAUCAAAGAGGAAAACGAUGAAGAGUUUACGCCUGCACCGAAACGAAGUCCGCGCAAAUCCACGAGAAGACAGACGACAGCAAGUGCAAAUACAUCGCCCAGAAAGCCAGGCCGGCAACGGACGGCUAAGACGGGUGAUGGAAUCGAGCCUUCACAGAUAUUCGACCCAGAGGAGACGAUGCCGCCUGGUGAACCUGCAUCUCCCUCGAAAGUCUCAUCGCCGUCAAAACGGAAGAGUACCGUCCCACGAAAAAGCCGGAAAUCCUCAGCAGCGCCACCUGUGCCUGAUCUACCUACUCCGGACCCCAGUGCUUCCCCAGAAGCCGAGCACACACAUCCUACACCAUUGAAAGAUGUCACAAGCCAGGCGCUGAACAAGAAUCCCCAGCCUCAGAUGAGCCCGGAUAUUCUCAAGCCACCAAACCAGGCAGACGUUGUAAUGGAGAAACCGAUGGAUAUCGUCAUAAGGGCAAAGGCCCAAGGACUUCCUGUUGUGGAGGAGCCCACUGGGCCUAAGUCCAGGAUGGUGAUCCGACAACUAGUUAUGACAAAUUUCAAGAGUUAUGCGGGAAGACAAGUCGUUGGUCCCUUCCAUCCUUCAUUCUCCGCCGUUGUCGGCCCCAACGGCUCAGGCAAAUCGAACGUCAUCGACUCGAUGCUUUUUGUAUUCGGUUUCCGAGCGAGCAAGAUGAGACAGGGCAAAAUAUCAUCCCUCAUCCACAACUCUGCACAGUAUCAGGAUCUCGACUUUUGUGAGGUUGCAGUCUACUUCCAAGAGGUUGUGGAUCUUCCUGGAGGCAAGCACGAGGUUGUUCCAGACUCGCAACUUGUGGUCUCGAGAAAGGCGUUUAAGAACAACUCCAGCAACUACUACCUAAACGGCAGGACAACGAACUUCACGACGGUCACAACGUUGCUGAAGGACAAGGGCAUUGACCUGGAUCACAAACGAUUUUUAAUCCUGCAGGGCGAAGUCGAGUCGAUCGCACAGAUGAAGCCAAAGGCUGCAAACGAGCACGACGAUGGGCUACUGGAAUAUCUCGAAGACAUCAUCGGCACAUCCAAAUACAAGACACCAAUCGAAGAAGCAGCUAUCGAGCUCGAGAGUCUGAAUGAAGUCUGUGUCGAAAAGCAGGGCCGGGUUCAGCAUGUUGAAAAAGAAAAGAAUGGCCUCGAAGAUAAGAAGAACAAGGCUUUGGCAUUCAUUCGGGAUGAGAAUGAAUUGGCGGAGAAACAGUCGGCACUGUAUCAGAUCUACAUGGCGGAAUGCGAGGACAACACAAAGGUCACAGAAGAAGCGAUUCAACAGAUCCAGGAGCAACUCAACGCUGAGCUAGAGAAGCAUGCCGGAAGCGAAGAUGCGAUAAAAGAGCUUGAAAAGGCCUACAACAAGGCUGUCAAGCAAUAUGAGCGCAUCGAGAAGCAAGCCCAGGAACUUACAAAAGAGCUGGCCAAGUACGACAAGGAAAAUGUCAAGUUCGAGGAGAAACGCAAGUUCAUUACCGGCAAGCAGAAAAAAGCCGAGAAGAGCGCCACUUCCAGUCGCCUUGCUGCAUCUGAAGCUCAAAGCCUGGUCGAAAAGCACAGCGAUGACAUCCAACGUAAAACCUCCGAGGUGGCUGAGCUUGAAAAGGAAAUGCGGGUUGAAGAGCAGAAGCUUGCCGUGAUCCGGGAGGACCUGCAAGGCAAAACCCAAGUGUUUUCGGACCAGAUUGCCGUGAAGCAGAAGUCUCUGGAACCUUGGAGCGAGAAGAUCAAUCAGAAGCAGUCAGCCAUUGCCGUGGCCCAGUCUGAGCUCGACAUCCUGAGAGACAAAGCCACAAGUGGUCAGAAGGCGAUUGACGAGGCAAAUGCGAAGAUUGAGAACAUUGCGGCAGAGAAAGCACACAAGCUCGAAGAAAUCGAACACCGCAAGCAUGAGAAAGCUCGGCUUGAAAAGGAUGUUAGGAAAAUCCAAGAUGCCCUCCAGAAGCUUGCCUCAAGUGAACCAGAGGUUCGGUCACAGAUAUCUUCGGCCCGGCAGAAGGCGGACGAGGCUCGAUCAAGCUUGGCAAGCAGUCAGAAUCAGGGCAAUGUUCUCAAGGGACUAUUGCGUCUGAGGGAUUCUGGUCGGAUAGAUGGGUUCCAUGGCCGUCUAGGUAACUUGGGAACCAUCGACGAGAAAUUCGAUGUUGCAAUUUCUACUGCUUGUCCUUCACUCGAGAACAUGGUCGUGGACAAUGUGGAAGUCGGCCAGCAAUGCAUCGAGUACCUGCGGAAGAACAACUUGGGCCGAGCGAACUUCAUCCUUCUCGACAAGCUGGCGCAGCGCGAUCUGUCUCCGAUUCAAACCCCUGAGAACGUCCCGCGGCUCUUCGAUCUCAUCAAACCCAAGGAUGACCGAUUUCGCCCCGCUUUCUACAGCGUUAUGCAGAACACGCUUGUCGCACAGGACUUACAGCAGGCCAACCGGAUUGCAUAUGGUGCGAAGAGAUGGCGAGUGGUUACUCUGGAUGGCCAAUUGAUCGAUGUCUCCGGCACCAUGAGCGGUGGCGGCACUCGUGUUGCUCGAGGCGCAAUGUCAUCUAAACUCACAUCUGACACUACAAAGGAGCAGGUGCAGAAGCUAGAAGCGGAACGAGAUCAAUUGGAGAGGCAGUUUGAUGCUUUCCAGACCCGACAGAGAGAACUAGAGGCCAGCCUGCAAGAAAAGCAAGAUGAAAUCCCAAGGCUAGAGACCGCCAUCCAAAAGAUCAACCUCGAGGUCGACACCUGCACCAGGAAUCUUGCGGACGCAGAGAAACGAGUUCAAGAUCUUAUGGCUGAGCUGGCGGGACCGUCGGCAGACGACAGCCAGAUUCAGGGCCUUGAGAAGCAGAUUAUAUUACUCAAUAAGGAGCUUGAAAAGCUGCACUCAGAGACGGCAAGCCUGGAGGCAGAGAUUCAAGCUCUACAAGACAAGAUUAUGGAAGUCGGCGGUCUUCAGCUACGGAGUCAAAAAGCAAGAGUUGACGGUCUGAAGGAACGAAUCGACAUGCUCAACGACGACAUCUCUAAUGCUGAAGUUGCUAAGACCAAGAACGAAAAGCUGAAGAUCAAGAACGAAAAGGCCAAAACUGAUGCGGAGAAAGACGUCGAGUCGUUGUCAAAGGACCUCGAACGGCUGGAAGAGGACACUCAAAAGCACAAGUCUGGGGCAGCCGAUCUGAGAGGCCAAGCUGAAAAAGCCGAAGAAGAGCAAACAUCUAUGAAAGAAGAGCUGGGAGACUUGAAAAAGGACCUUGACUCGCAAAUGACCGAGCUCAACUCGACGAGAGCGCUCGAGAUUGAGAUGAAGAACAAGCUCGAGGAGAAUCAGAAAGUCCUGGCAGACAACCAUAAGAAGAGUCGCUACUGGGCAGAGAAACUGUCCAAGCUUACACUGCACGACAUAGCGGACUUGGAGGGCACCUCUCAAUCUCAAGAUGAGGAGCAGCCCCAACAGCCGAAGGAUGAAGAGAUGCACGAUGCUCCUCCAGAAGCUGACCCAGACGCUAUGGACACAUUCACACGCGACGAGCUACUUGAUAAAAACAAGGACCACCUUGUCGCUUCCAUUGCAGCACUUGAGGAGAAGGUAUCCAACGCCUCCAGCAUCGACCUUAGCGUCAUCGCAGAGUAUCGCCGCCGUUGUGACGAGGUAGCAUCUCGUACUAGUGAUCUCAAGAGUGCCAUCAAAGCACGAGAUGGAGCCAAAACUCGCUUGACGGAGCUGCGGAACUUGCGUUUGACGCAAUUCAUGACUGGCUUCACGACCAUUUCUUCACAUCUAAAGUCGAUGUACCAGCUCAUCACAUUGGGUGGUAACGCUGAACUCGAGCUUGUCGACUCGUUGGAUCCCUUCUCGGAGGGCAUCUUGUUCUCCGUCAUGCCUCCCAAGAAAAGCUGGAAGAAUAUUGGCAACCUGUCCGGGGGUGAAAAGACGCUGAGCUCGCUUGCGUUGGUUUUUGCGCUGCAUGUUUAUCGUCCUACGCCAUUAUACGUCAUGGAUGAGAUUGAUGCGGCAUUGGAUUUCAGAAAUGUCUCGAUUGUUGCGGGAUAUAUCAAAGAACGCACAAAGAACGCCCAGUUUAUUGUGAUUUCUCUGCGGAACAACAUGUUUGAACUGGCUGAGCGGCUGGUGGGCAUUUACAAAGUCAACCACAUGACCAAGAGCGUCACGGUGGAGAACAGAGAUUACCUGGCUACGGGAAGACAGGCCAUAGCUCCGAGAGCAAUUGCCCCUGGACAGCCGGGGCAGAUACGGUAA